AUGGAGGAAGAACUCAAGAGCUUAGUCAAAGUAGGUAUUGCAACAAUAAUCUCAGUAUCUUACUGUUACUUGUUACCACCCAAAGUCAAACCUGGUGUUGUCCGAUUACUGUCUAUUUUACCAGUUUUUGCUUUGUUCCUUCUUCUUCCUCUUCUAUUCUCCCUCUCAGUUUUCUCUUUCACCUCACUGUUUUUCCUAGCAGUUGCUAAUUUUAGGCUCUUCCUCUUAUCCUUCGAUCAAGGUCCUCUUUUUCCACUGCCUUCAAACCUCUUUCGAUUCACCUGCUUCACUUGCUUCCCCAUCCAGCGUCAACAACAAAACCCUAAUUCUCAAGAUCAAUACCCUAAAUGGAUUUUCGCCGUUAAACUUGCAAUCUUUCUAGUGUUACCACAAGCUUAUAUCCACACACAAAACCUUUCUCUCACUCAUCUAUUGGUUCUCCAUCCACUGUAUGCAUAUCUAUUACUUGAGAUUCUCUUGACGCUCCUCAGAAAACUCUUGACCAUCAUUCUUGGAUGCGACCUAGAGCCACAUUUCAACGAACCGUACUUAUCUACCUCUCUUCAAGACUUUUGGGGUCGCCGUUGGAACCUCAUGGUCUCGGCGAGUCUUAAAGCUGGCGUCUACACUCCUGUGCGGCGUCUCUGCCAACGCCUAAAGAUCAGCUCUGACUAUGCUACGUUGGUUGGUGUCUUUGCGACGUUCAUAGUCUCUGGUGUGGCUCACGAAUCGGUCUUCUUAUAUUUGACCCGUUCGAUGCCUACAGGAGAAGUCACUUUGUUCUUUGUACUACAUGGAGUUUGUACGGCGGCUGAGGUGGCGCUGAAGAGGACGGCGUUUGUGCAGCGGUGGUCCGUGAGACCGGUGGUGUCUUGGCUGCUGACGAUAGCGUUUGUAAAUGUGACCUCUGCUUGGUUGUUCUUCCCUCACUUGAUACGGAGCAACGUGGUUGACAGAUGCUCCAAUGAAAUCUUCUUGCUCAUUGAUUUCUUCACACGCAAGUUAUUAAAUUUCCUUUGA